AUGACGGCACGAUCGAUCAUCGACCCAUCGCCGCCCUGGACGAGUACUCUCUUACCUCCAGCGCGGUCAAGGUCAAGAUCAAGCUCCCAGGCAUCAAAACCAAAACCGACCGGUAAACGCCCCAAGAAUGGAUCUCAACUCCAAAUCCAGCCGGGUGCACGAGCAAACCCACAAAGCACCACCUCCCUCGCAUCCAAUGGAUCCAUGAUCACCACCACGACAGCCACCUACAGCGGCGGCACCACUCUCCGCCGCACCUACGGCGGUGGCACCACUCUUCCCGGCUAUAGAUCGGGAUCAGGAUCAAGGAGAAGAAGCAGCAACUUGAGCAAAGAAUGGCGACAUGACCCCAAACGGAACAAGAAGGCUCAGGAGGCGGCGAGGAAGAUUAUGGAGGGGUGUUAUUCACGGAAGAAGAGGGGGAGGGGGUGGAGGAUGAAGGAUAGGGUUAGGAAGUGGGGGAGGGAGUUGAGGAAUAUGAAUGGGUUGAGAGGUCUGAGGGAUGAUGGUGGUGGUGCAGGACGGAGAGGGGGAGAAGCGGAAGGGAAGAGAGAGGGGAGGUGGAGUUGGAGGCGUGGACGGAAGGGCGUGCAGGAUGCAGAUAACGGAGUUUGGGGAUUCGAAGGGCAUAAGAGAACGGAUAAACCGGCAGCUGCAGCAGCAGCAGCAGCAGCAGCAGCGGAGGAGACACGAUGGCAGCUUGCCCUUGGCCCUUGGGAUGAGACCACAGGUAUACCAUUACCUCCACCGAUACCAAAGCCGCCGCGAAACUCGGUGGCCAUGGACCGGUUGGCUGAGGUGCUUGGUGCCAGCUCGACCGAGAAGCAGAAGGAUACCAACAACCGGAGAUAUGCAGACUAUGCAGACCGAGGAGAAGUGCAUGAGCAUAAGAAGAUGCAAAGCAAGCAUAAGAACCGGACCUCCGGGCUUUGGAAGCGGGGCCUGGAGAAGGUUAAAAAGCUGCUGAUUUCGUCGACGGACAUCCGCAAGGCACAUUCAGAAAAAACGACAACGACAAUGGACCGGAACAACAAGGCGAAUGAGUCCGACGAGGAAUCCUCGCACAAGUCGUCUCAGAAACCUUCUCCGCGUCGUCCCCCAAUACUCAGAUUGAAAUCCAUGGUGGCGCCCCCAACAUAUUGGUACAUCGACGAGAAGGACAACGAAAGCCAUUUCGGUGAAGGGAAACUGCCCAGGUCCGCCAAGGAGAAAGGCAAAGGAAUCGAUUACCGUCUGUACCACGAGGAUUCCAUCUUCAAGACUCACAGGCCUGGUUUCCCGCCUCCUCGCGAGGGCCCGAAGGCCCCCUGUGAAUGCAAACGCUGUAAGACAGCGAUCGAUUUGGUAUCAAUGGCGACCGCUGGGAACCAAGGAGACGGGACAUUGUUGCCGACAUAUCAAGGACUGGUUCCCUCUUACCGAACGGCCAACUUCACUCGCUCUCCGCGGUCCAUUCCUUCCAGCAGUCAAACGCCACCCGCAGGCUUACCCUCAUUGUUAAUGCCAUCCCGCCCAACGUAUCUAGGCUCACGGCUCCCACCAUACCAGGACACAUGGGCACUCCCACCGAUAUCGCCGUUAAUGGACUUCGGCCAGGCAACGGAGUUCAGCGCCUUCACCUUCACCGAUACAGGCCGUCUCCCAGGGACCUUUCAGGAGUCUGCGAGCUUGAAGACUACGACGAGCGAACAGACACCGACGAAGACACAGAUGAAGACAUCCCCGAAACGGACUCGGCAAGAGAGGACAACUCGGCCGCAGGGGUUGUUGAAGAACCCAUCCAAGGACCGUCGAAUCCCAGAAAGCGAAGAAGAUCACCGUCUGACAGCGAGCCCAUCCAAACACAUCACCGCCGAUAUUACUUCUGAUGGUCUCGAUUCAGACCCAGACCACGACCACAGCCACCAGCUCGAUACACAAGAAAAUGAACACAAACAUGAACAAUACGAAGACGAAACCCAUCACCCCUGCGACCGAGCCCCCUCGUACGUCGGCACCGGCCAGCGACCACCCAAACUGUUCUUCACCCGUCCUCGUCCGCCACAUGCUUCUUCCUCCGCGUCUGCAUCCGUUUCCGCUGCUUUACCGUCUCCUGUUCCCGAAGAAGGCGGCAGCAACAGCAACAGCAACAACACUGCCGAUGUCGAUCAUCAUCAACAUGAACACGAUCCCCAACAAAUACACGAUGAUCAGUUGGAGGAGAAACACCGACACAGCCAUCACAACCGCUACAAAACAGGAGUAGAAACAGGAGUAGAAAGUGGAAGUGGACCUCUGAGACAUACAAGAACGAGAACGGCAUCAGUACAGGUGGACAGUGAUUUAUUGAUUAUCCCGCUGGAGGAGGUGGAGGAUUGUUAUUACCUUUUGCCUCAUUCUUGUGCUUCUUCUUCUUCGGACGCUGCUUCCGACCCCGAAGGUGACCCCGAAGGCAAUGAGCAUGAUAAAAAGGAAGCUUUAGACUCGGAAAAGAACAAGGAUGAAGAUGAAGAUGAAGAUGAAGGUGAAGGUGAAGAUGGAGGAGAGCAAUGGGAAUGGGAUUAUGGGAGGGGAGGAUGGAGGAUAGUUGAUGGUGGGAAUGGGAGGGUAAAUGAAAGAGGAGGAGGAGGAGUAAACAUCAAGGUUAGGGAGAUGAAAGGAGGCGAGGGAAAGGAGACGGAGACGGGUACGGGCACGGGCACGGACAUGGGUGAGUCCUUUGCUACUAGUACUGGGACGGGGUUGUGGAUGAAUGGAUUCUAG